AUGAGACGGCAAACAAAGAUCGGAAUCAGCCUUCGAGAUAAUCUCGUCGUCAUCGGAAACCCUAGCUCGCAAUCAUCUUGAUCAAUUUGAGAUUUUUGGGGGUUCUUAUUGAUCAAGACGAACUCAAGUGAAAUGACACGAUGAUGAUUUCCUUUCCUUCAACGGAAUCGAACAAGAGGAUCCAUUGAUCUUCUGAUUCGGCGAGAGAGAGAGAGAGGUUAGAUCUUUGCCGAAUCUGGAACUCGAGAUCCAUCGUAAGAGUUAAAAAUUAAAGCUUGAUACUUUUGUGGAGAUGAGAAGCCUUCAUCAAAGUUACUAUUUUUUUUUAUUAAAUGAACUUACAAAGCUGGGUUUGAGAUAAUUUUGGUUUCUUGAAUCAAGAGCUGUUAUUGUUUGUUUGUAAAGAUGCAUGGUAGACAACGCAACGUUGGGAAUGGGUACAGAUCUGGUUUUGGGAUGUCUGGUUCUAGAGUUUCCCCUGACCGUCCUAUGAGAGGCCAUGGCUUCUUUGGUCCUGACCACCACCACCAGCAGCACCGUGGGUUUAACCGUGGAUAUGGGCGAGGUAGGGGACGUUCUAAGUCGUUUCAGAAUCAGCUUCCUCCUCCUCCUCUGCCUCCUCCAGUGGUGCAACGUAGAAGCGGUGGUGGUGGGAGCGGGGAUGUUUUCAUGGACGCAGGUCGUCUAGCGGCGGAGUACUUGGUUUCUCAGGGUGUUCUGCCACAAACUGUGUUUUCCAGUAAAUGGCAGGGUGGGGAGUUUCAGGGUUCUAGGUUGCAAGAAGCAGCUCGAGUUGAUGUUUUGGCUCCUUCCGCUGAUAAAAGGAGGUAUGUCGAUGGGUAUAACUCAGCUGGCUCUAGGAACAAUAUGGGAGGAAAGAGGUCUAAUCGUUAUGAAUCGGAUUUUGGGAGGAGUGGAUCUUGGUCUGAGAGGAGUAAAGGUUAUGAGGCAGAGACUGGUGAUGACUCUGUGUCUGGGCAUAGAGAAGAGCAGCCGCUAGUUGAAGAUAUUGCUAGCUCGGUUCAGAGGUCAGCCUCUGGUGAAUUUAUGAGAAAGCGUGAAGGAGCGGGUGAUUCCGAGUCUGUGUUGGACAAGGAUGAGGCACAGUCUAAGACAGGUUCCUCCAGUGCUGGGAAAGAAAUUGUACAGGAUUGUGAGAUCUCAAAGGUAUCAGAAGGUUCUUGUAGCUUGAGUGCUGGAUCAGGGGAGAUGAAAGGGAUGACUGGUGGUAGUAAUGGAGAGAAUGAGAGCCAGACUGCUAUCGAAGAUGCAUCUAUCCAUCAUCAACAUGAGGAAGAUGCACCUAUCCAUCGACAUUGUGCUGCUGAUGAAUCGUUCACCGAGAGUGGUAUUGAUUUGGCAACGCUGUGUAAGUUUGAGAAGGUGCCUACGAGGACGCGCUCUUCUGUGACUGCUAAAAACACCAAGCUGCAUCUGUGUCAAAAUAUCAAGGAAACCUCUCGUAAUUCUGGACUUCUAGAAGAAGAUCAAGCAUGUGAGACUCGACGCCAGUCAUCUGGAAAAGCUGAUGGUACUGGGGACGAAAAUUUGAACGACCAAGUUGAAGAUUUGCCUCUUGUUCAGUUCGUUGAGGACAGUAAAUGCCAUAGGUCUAAUUCUUUCCCUAAUAACAUUCUCAGGGAAAAUAACGAGAAAGAUUCAGAGUUAGAAUUGGCUGAUAUCCAUAGAUCAUAUUCGAUGGGGAAAGGAGGCGAGAAGCGAGCUAAUGUUGGCAGUGACUUGGAAGAGGAAGCAAAAAGACAGAAAAAUUGGGUGCCUCUGCCAGUUUCUGAAGCCAGUGAUCGAUUCAACGCAUUCAAAGCAAGCGAAAUCCAAAGCGAUGAGGAAGAAGAUGACAAGCCAAUCUCAUUCUACAUGAGACGGAUCGAGGGUGCUGCUGGAAAAACCGACAACCAUGAAAGUCUGGCUAAUACAAGCAAUAAUAGUAUACACAGGGGAAACUCAAGUCCAGUGUAUGCAGAAGAGCAUCAGCUGUUUCCUGCUUCGUUUAAGAUGUGUGACCUAAAUUUAGGGGGAGCGGCGGAUGCUAAUGAUGGCAAAAGGGAAUCUGGUCAAGCUGUUGGUUUUGAUCUAUCAAUCAGCAGUUCCAGCAAGUCUCUUGAUUUCGGUACUAAUAAUACUAGGAUGAGUAAUGGUAAAGAGAUAGAAGUGAUUGAUUUGGACAAUGAUGAUUCCCCAGAAGUGGUCAAAUCCAGCAACAACCCCGGGAGAAAGCAAGAAGUUUCACCCUAUAUGGGCAUUGAUGAUGUUCCAGACUACAAUGAAGGGCUCAUGAUGGUUGAGUAUCUUGAUUCGUUUGGAAACAUUCCUCCAAUAAACCAGGGAGUCAGUACUACUGUGCCACAGAACAACGACGUUGCUCUUCAAGACCGAGAGGGAGCUCUUGGAAAUGACCAAGCAGCAAAUAAUACAGACGACGAUUCAAUAUUCAUGUCGCUCGGAGAAAUACCAUUGACAUUCUUACAAACUUGGGACCAACCUCCGGCUAGAGGCUACGAGAAGCCUUUCUGAUACGCCUUUUUUUUUGUGUUACUAAUAUUAUUAUUAUUAUGAUAUACAUGUCUAUGUACUGGAGUGUGUAGCCAUUGCAUUUGUCCUAAUCCCUCUCAGAUGUAAGAUUAAAAACGACAUUAGUGUGUGUUAUGGUUGUGGCCUUGUAAUUCUGUGUUUGUUAUUGAUGCAUGUCCUUUCUUUUAGC